AUGGAAGCAGAAUCAAGUUUAUCAAGUAUGGCACCACCUGUUUUUAAUGGUGAUAACUAUCAGAUUUGGGCUGUAAGGAUGAAAACUUAUCUAGAUGCCAUGGAUAUGUGGGAGGUAGUUGAAGAGGAUUAUGAAAUUACUCCAUUGCCUGAAAAUCCAACUAUGGCCCAUAUCAAGAACCAUAAAGACAAGAAAACCAGAAAAUCAAAGUCAGCCAAAGACAUAUGUGAUUAUCUCAAGUCAGAAUAUGAAGGGGAUGAGAGGAUCAGAGGUAUGCAAGUUUUGAACCUUAUAAGAUAUUUCGAAAUACAGAAGAUGAAAGAAACCGAAACCAUAAAAGAUUACUCUGAAAGGUUCCUGAACAUAGAAAAUAGAGUAAGAUUGCUUGGUUCCAUGUUUAAUGAUUCUCGUAUUGUUGAAAAAAUUCUGGUAACUGUGCCGAAAAGAUUUAAAGCAACCAUAACUACCUUGGAAAACACCAAGGAUAUGUCCAAGAUCACUUUGGCGGAGUUUUUGAAUGCUUUGCAGGCUCAAGAACAAUGA